UUUUUCUUGUGCUUACGUGCGCGCGUAUAAGAAAAGAAGAAUUGACGCGUGUUAAUGAUAAUACAAUAAACAUUAAUAUCGAAGAGUAAUAAGAAAAUAAUCAAAGAUGAAGUUGGACGUGUCUGAUGCAUUGUACGACAGCUCGAGUAUUUCCAGCGACAGUGGGACAUCGCAGAGUUCCCGAGUCAGCCAUGAUUUUCUCUUCACCAUUGCUGCUAACUCUGCUACCUUACCGGGCAAUUUGGUAUCUUUAGACGGAUUGCACAGUGGGGUACCAACUAGAACAACGCCAACGUUGACACCAACCACGUUGCGAAGUAUCGAACAGACUUUCCUCGAGCUUACAAGCGAAACAGGGUCCCACAGUCGGGAGGCUGGUUUUGUACCACCUUUGGUCGAACCAUCCCAACCGACUCCGGCUCAAACUCAAAAUCUGGCUACCCAUCAUCACAAUCCUACGAAUAAUCUGAUAGAAAGUCAGCAGACUUUACCUCAACAACAGGAACAUCAGCAACCACAACAACAACAACAGCAGCAGCAGCAGCAGCAACAACCACAACAACAGCAACAACCACAACAACAGCAACAACAACCACAACAACAGCAACAACAGGCUACAAAACGCAAUAUGGGUGGAAGGAGACCAACCAGGACGAUUGGUAUGACACCGGAAGAAGAAAAAAGACGACAGAUUAGACGAGAAAGAAAUAAAAUGGCAGCUGCUAGGUGUCGCAAGCGAAGAAUGGAUCAUACAAAUGCCCUUUUAGAAGAAACGGAGGGCUUGGAACAGAAAAAGCAGAGCUUGCAAGACGAGAUACAUCAAUUGCAGCAGACCAAAGACGAGUUAGAAUUCAUUUUGGAAGCACACAGAACCGUUUGUCGUUUACGUUCGUCCUCGCCACUCGACGUGAAGCCUGUGAUAAAGCCGGAAAUCCCGCUGGAGGAUCAAUUCGCUGAACCACCAACAACGAAACGCGACACAUUGACGUCCGCAAGACCGAGCAGACCAAAUUCACUGCCGGUCGGUUUUGACAAUAACAAUAGACCAAAUUCCUUGUCGUUCUUUAACGAACCAGUAUCAAUACCAAAGGAUAACAAUAGACCAGAUUCGUUGAAUUUUAAAACGGUUGAAACACCGGCAUUCAUGAAACCAUCCCUUGACGUUGCUGGUAUGCCAAUAACAACUCCAACAAGUGGUAUACCAUUCAAUUUCGAUUCCCUGAUGGAAGGUGGGACAGGAUUAACACCGGUAUCAACACCUCUCAUACCAUCCUGCUCCACGCAACAAAGGAACAAUUUAUCCGCGGUUGAUCUUAGCUCUCCUGACGCCAAUCCACCUAAAUUGGUCAGCUUGUGACGCCAAGAUGACAUUAUGAAAUAUGAAUCGAAUGAGGAUGAUCCAGAAUGAAGCAAAUCUUGGCCUGCGAUAAUUAUGCAAAUAUAGAAACUCGCUUGCCAUUUAGAAAGAGAUGAUAUAUAUAUAUAACAAAAAUGUGGGAUUAAACUCUCUGUGUUGUACGUGUGCUUUAAUUCGCCUUUCUCAUAGAUCAUUGAUCUUUGAGUACUAUUUGAAAAGACAAUAAUAAACACCAAUGAAUGUCACAUAAAUUUCAGAGAGAGAGAGAGAGAGAGAGAGAGAGAGCGAGGGGGAGGAGGAGAUUGUUUAAGAUAUAGGUAUGAUUGAGGAGGAAGAGGAAAAUGGAAGAGAAGAAGUUGUUCGUUUUUUUUAUUUUUUUGACGUUUUUAACACGUCAAAGAGACAUCACGAGUUGCCAUAAAUAAGAAAUAUAUAAUUAUAAGAUUGUAUUUUUUUUUGUUCUUUCUUCAAUCCGUAUCCCCUCACCAAUUGCAUCUGAGAAUCAUAUUGGUUUACUUUUUUCUUCUCUCUCUAUCUCUCUCUCCUUAUGUAGAGUUAAACAAAACAAAACAAAAAAUGAAACAAUUCUAGUAGCGUUGCGUUGCUAUAUAUUUUUCUCUCUCGUACGUUCGUGCAAUACACACACAAAUACAUACACACAUACAUACACUAAUGAAAUAUUAAAAAAUUACAAAUACUUUUUGUUCCCUUCGCGUCCGUCGAGCAGCAGCAGCAGCAACAGAUCAUUAUUUGAAAGAUAAAAAGUGAAAUUAAAUUGUUCUUUUUCUUUUGAAUAUUUCUUCCUCAGGAUCUAUUAUAUCGUUGACUAUGAGCGGGAGUAUUUUUGUACGUAUUAUAAAAUGCGUAUGUUGUAAAAAAGAAAGAAAUAAGCCACCUUCUUCGAUUGCUAAUUAUUUAAAAAUCGAUGAAAUAAUUGAUCAUCGAAAAAAAUAAUACGAAGAAUAUUUUGAUAUACGUAGAAAAUAAAAAGCUUUGUGAUCUUGAUCUUUACAAUGGAAGAAUACAUUUAAUUGUAUACGCUUUUAAUUGUAAAGCAUUAGCAACGAUUUCGAAUCGAAUAAUUUUUAACUAUUGUAAUGCAAUUGUACUCUCUGGUGAUGAUCGAUUUAAAAUGAAAUAUUUUCUAUUUUACAUACCUUUCCAAAAGCGAGAUAUAUUUAACAGAGAUUGGUAAAAAUGGUUUGUUUCUUAUUGUCAUUAUUCGAAGGCGUGAUAAAUAAAUGGAGGAAUAAAAGUCAUACUUUUAAUAGCGAUACACACCGGUGUGCAGAUGGCAUGUAGAUAGCUAACAUCUGCAUGCAAGUGAUAAUAAAGUAUAUAUAUUUAUAUAUAUGAAUAUAAAUAUAUAUAUCUAUAUAUAUAUAAAUUUUUUAAAAGAU